AUGGCUACGCACUACGACGUUAUCGUCCUCGGCUCCGGUCAGAGUGGCAACCCAGUCGCCAAAGCCUUCGCCAAUGCUGGUCGCAAAACAGCUGUGAUUGAGCGUACGGCACUAGGCGGCACUUGUGUCAAUGUUGGUUGUACGCCUACAAAGACCAUGAUCGCCUCUGGAAGAGCAGCCUACAUGACCAAACGUGGUAAAGACUAUGGCGUACACGAAGGAAAUGGUAAUGUUGAGAUCGACAUGGCUCGUGUAAGGCAGCGCAAGCGCGAAAUCGUGGAGCAGUGGAACGCCGGCAGUGUCAGAGGUUUGGAUGCAGCAGGUGUCGAUGUGAUUAUGGGCGACGGUAGCUUUGUCGGCGAGAAGAAACUUAAAGUAUUGUUGAACAAUGGGGGCGAGAAAGAGGUCAGUGCCGAUCAAAUUUUCAUCAACGUCGGUGAGAGGCCAUCGAGGCCAGAUAUCAUAGGUCUCGACGAUGUUGAUCCAGCACGAGUACUCAACUCGACUACUAUCAUGGAACUGGGUGAGGUUCCACAGCGUCUCGUUGUGUUGGGCGGCGGGUAUAUCGGCCUUGAGUUUGGACAGCUCUUUCGCCGCUUUGGUUCUGAAGUGACUGUUAUUCAAAGGGCCAAACAGCUUGUGCCCCGAGAAGACACUGACGUGGCAAAGUGUCUCAUGGAUAUCCUUCAACAGGAUGGCAUCACGGUUCAUCUUUCGAGCACAGUGAACUCGAUCUCAGCUUCGAAGGACACAAAGACACCUUUCGCAGUGAGCGUCAAGACUCCAGGAGGGGAGACAGAAGUUUCCGGAACACAUCUCCUGCUGGCAACAGGCCGAGUGCCCAAUACAGAUAGCCUCAACCUCUCCGAAGUUGGCAUCGAGACGACUCCUAGAGGUCACAUUAUUGUCGACGAUAAACUCCAGACCACGGCUUCAGAUAUCUACGCCAUAGGAGACUGCCACGGAGGUGCUGCUUUUACACACAUGUCCUACGAUGAUUCUCGCAUUAUCCGCACCAACCUCAUUCCAGAAGCUAUGUCAUCCACAACUCCAGCUAUGCCUACGACAAAGGCGUCGAUUUCACGAGUUCUGACUCCUUAUGUCAUGUACACCGAUCCACAGCUUGGCCAUGUUGGGCUCCACGCUAGAGACCUCGCCAACAGUUCAAGGGAAGUGAAGAUUGCCACGAUGCCUAUGAGUUAUGUUGCAAGGGCGCUGGAGACAGCAGAGCCACGUGGUAUGAUGAAGGCGACUGUGGAUGCAAAAACCGGUGACAUCUUGGGAUUCACAUGUUUGGGAUUGGAAGGUGGUGAAAUCAUGUCGAUUGUGCAAACUGCUAUGAUGGGUAAUUUGAAGUGGUGGGAUUUGGAAGCAGCUGUUUAUGCUCAUCCGACUCUGGCCGAGAGUCUGAACAACCUGUGGGGACACUGGGAAUAACUGAUGUAUCUGAGCAUGGCCAUAUAUGAUAG